AUGAUUCUCGGCAUGAUAUACCCGGUCAAUCCAUCCUACGAGAUAGCCCGAGGUCUACCAUCCAACCUGACAGCGUCAUCGGCCGACGGCAAGGACGUCGACGUCCGCAUCCUGGUUCAUCCAGAGGCCAUACGCGUGAGCUACAAGCGCGUACGAGACCUGGUCCCCACUCUCUGGGAUGGCGAGGGCGAAGGAGAGGGAGGAGAAGGAAGAGGAAAGGCAGGACAAGAGUGGAGGAGUCCGGACCUGGUACUCCACAUAGGCAUGGCGGGACCUAGGUCGUACUACCAGAUCGAGCGACGCGGUCACAGGAGGGGCUACAGGUCCAAGGACGUGGAUGGGGAGGACCUAUCGCCGGAGGCGGACGGCACCCUCGGACCGGAGGAGUGGAUCUGGUACGGCUGCCCGGACGAGAUCGAGUCGGACCUGGACGUGGCCGACGUCCUGGACCGGUGGAGGAGGUACGCCCACGGCCUUGCCGACCUCCGGCUGUCGGAUGACGCGGGCCAUUACCUCUGCGACUUCAUCUACUACUCCUCCCUGGCCCAUCUGUGGAAGGCGGGUCGCAGGAGGGCCGUCCUCUUCUUACACGUCCCUGCUGAUGCGGGGGAUGACAGUGUUCGGCUUGGGAGGAGGCUAGCCGUCGAUCUUGUCAGGAGUAUGGUUGAGAGUGAGAUGGGUGAGGAUGAGGGGGUUUGA